CUAAUAUUAUAAAUGGGCGGAGAGAGAGAGCAGUAACUUAAAACAAAAUCAUGGUUUAGAAUCCGUCUGUGUUUCCAGCAGAUGCCUUUGUGUAAACGUUCUGGAAAUCCACUUUUAUGAAUGAUGCUACAAGCAGAAAAGUAAGAUGGCAGGAAAAUCCAAGUUGUUAAAAGUUGUGUUGCUUGGAGACGGUGGAGUGGGUAAAAGUUCACUGAUGAACAGGUUUGUGAGCAACAAGUUUGACUCUCAGUCCUUUCACACGAUCGGUGUAGAGUUUCUGAACAAGGAGAUCAGCGUGGAUGAGGAGAGCUACACGAUGCAGAUUUGGGACACAGCAGGCCAGGAGAGAUUCAAAAGUCUGAGAACACCAUUUUAUAGAGGAGCAGACUGCUGUUUACUCACAUAUGCUGUGGACGACUUACAAAGCUUCAAAAACCUGCUCAUGUGGAAGAAAGAGUUCCUGUAUUAUGCAGACAUUAAAGACGGAGACUUGUUUCCCUUUGUUGUGUUGGGUAACAAAGUGGACGUUCCUAACAGGGCUGUGUCAGCAGAGGAGGCUCAGCAGUGGUGUCAAGCCAACGGACAGAUGCCCUAUUACGAAACUAGCGCCAAGGACUCGACUAACGUGGACUUGGCUUUUAUGGCAGCAGUUAGGCGGUUAAAAGAAUUAGAAGACCGACUUGACCUGAGGCCCACACAAACGAAUUCUGUAGACCUUAGGAUGAAAACCAGACAGGCAACUGGCUGUUGUAGCUAACUUAGAAGGGACACUAAACAUAUGCACUGUAUACAUUCAAAUCUAUUUUUCAUGUUGUUGUUGUUGAUAUAAUAUGUAAUCUGAUUGUCUCACCGACACUCUUCUUGUGGUCUGACACAGGUGUCUGAAUGAACCCAGCUCGUGUAUUCAGUGUUGUUAAAGCACCAAGGCUCUGAAAAUAAUGGUAUUAUUGAACAUUAUUGCAAUGUUUUCAGUUAGCACAAAAUCAAAUUCCCAAAUCUCAUCAUGACGAAAGGCUGUCAUAUUUUUAACGUCUAGUAUGGAGGAGCAAAAUUUUUUCAGCAUUAUGAAGGGUCUAAAUUUAUCAUGAUUAUUGUAUUGAUGGCAAACAAUAUGUAUGUGACCUGCCUACAUGAUUAUUGGGUGGGGAUUCAAUGCUCAAUAUUUGUUUUGUGUUUCUACAUGUAGUUACCUUGGUCUUGGCAUAAGUCUUAUUUUGAGCCACACACGUAAAUAAUAACUUGUUUUUACUGUUAUUCCGGGUGUUCUUUUUUGCACUCUGCUCACCAAAGACUUUAUUCUUCAGACUGAAUGUCCAGGUAAUGUUCAUACCAAUAUAUGUACAGCCCAGACCAAAAGUCCAAACAGGAAGAUUGCCAAACUAGUGUAUUCCUGGAGAGCUUGUAGAGGGCUUGUUGACAACUUGUACAGAACGUCUGGUCAUGUAUGUCGUACUGUAACAUAAUCACUACAAUGAUUAAUAAACUUUGUCAGUGUGUUAAUUUUUUGGUGACAAAAUAUCAAGCUAUUGGUAAGGUUGAAGUACAUUGGCAGGCAUGGCAUAAAAUCUGUGAACGUAAAACAUUUUCAUUUUCGUUAGUGUUACAGAUUAGUCUGUGAAAACCUAUGCUAUAAAAUACGCUGAUUGAAAGUGAACAUGUAAUUUAUACUUGCAUCUGUGUAUACCUGGACAGUAUAUUUGAGGAAUAAUGUGAAGCAUCCACAGGGCAUGUAUUAAACAAUAUUUUCUGUCUGAGCAACACUUAAGGUACCUGUUGUUACUGGGUACAUACACAGAUAGACAACAUGAAGUCACAGUUGUUUCAUGACUGUUGUUAGUGCAUGGACUUGUUACAUGGUACUGUGAUAUCCUUUUUAUUCUUGUAGAUAUAAAUAAGUGUACAGAAGCUAUUGAUGCUUCUCUUAAGAUUUUAAUUGAAAACUGCAUGAAAAAGUGUGGAAUUUUCCAAAAAUAUGCAUGGACACGUAGCUGUUGGUAAGUAGGCACACCAACUAUUUUUUUUAUUUCAAAGUAUUCCUCCCUUUUUUUAAUACAUGUACGUGCAUUUUAACAUCUGUAUCUACCUGUAAUUUGUCACCUCGAGCAUUUGUUUUCAGUCUGUUGUUGAAGAAUGUACGAUUCAUUUGUUAAUUUGUUUUCCUCUCUUUUAAGUAAGCACGUGCUUGUAUUUCUCUUAUUGUGUGUGAACUGAUACAAUGUAUAUACCGUUGAAGAAUUUAGAUCACUAAAACUAAAACACAAAUGGACAAAUAUGAAUUGAUCUAGGAGAUUAAUGUUGUGCCACAUAUACAUGGAGAGUGGCAGUCUGAUGUUGGGGCGUGAAGGAUUCCAGUAGGUGUAGAGAGUAUUGACAUGGUAAACAUACUGAAUUAGCUUGCCCACUGUGCAUGAAGUACGGCACGGGAACGUAUGAUGUUCUUAGCCUGUAGGUGCUGCACCUCACAAGACAGGCUUCUUGGACCAAUUUUUUCUAUGGUAUCAUAUGAAUGAAAAUGACAUUAUCUGAAUUUUGUAUUUACAUGAAAAAUGGAAGUUUUGUUAUCCUCUCUUUUCUUAAAAACACAGUUAAGUAAUGGAGAUUGCUUCAUGAAAUUCUGACAUACAUGUAUGUAUAAGUGGUAGACAAUUGUAGAGAAAUGCUUGUUUGUCUACAGAUGAAAUUGAAAGAAGGGAUAUUAAUUAUUGCAUGUAGUUUGUAGCACCUUUGUUAUGACACAGAUUACGUAGAUGUGGACCUUCAAAUUAUGAAUAAUUUAUUUGACCCGAUGUUUUGGACAACUGUCCAUGUUGUAGAGGGAAUGAUUCUAGUAGAUGUAAGGGUAAAGUACGCUAAAUGAGAAUAGAUGAAAGUCGGGAAGACAGAUAAGUCCAACUGUACCUGUAGCAUGAUUAUUAUUACAUUGGGAGUGUUACAAAGCCAGGUGAGGGGAGCUUACCUGCCAGCGGAACAGUCAGAGGUCAGUGUAUGUCCUACACAAUACAAACAACAGCUGUUCAUGUUGUCUAUAUCACCCACCAGGUCAGACUGUGCACUGUAGCCACAACAUGUGCAGUCUCAUUGGAAUCACAUCAUAUGUUUUGUAAUCUGUUACAUAAAGUGUAUCAAGUAUAUACAUAAGCGUUAUUUCUGUUUGCCUCUUUCUGUGACAAAACAGAAGUACAGUUUUCCUGGUUGUCUGUUCUUGCAGCCAACAUGUAUUGUUUUAUUAAUUGUAUGUUGUUGACAUUACAGUGGCCAGAUAUGGUACUGUUUGAGUCUGCUAUGUACAUGUGUAUGUAUCUAUGUACUGGCUUGAUCGUGUCUGUUGAUGAACAGCUGUAUAUAAUGGUAAUCGUGAUUGAGGACACUGGACCUCAAAGUGGAGUAAACUGGUGUGAAUUAACCAAGGGUGAAAUCGUUCUUAGGUCACCAUGGUCACCUGGCUGUGUUCACACUAAUUUCUGUUUGUUCACUUUAUUAUGCAUACUGUACUAUACUUGAGCCAUUACCUUGUGUUGUACUACCGAUUGGAGACAUGUCUGAAUUGUUGUGGAAAAGCUUGAAACUGAAAGAGCAGGAGGCAGCUGCUGAGUGGUUAAGAUGUUUGUCUGUCAGCUGCUGAGUGGUUAAGACACGUGACGAUGAAAUCCAUCCAUUGGUUCGUUGUGUUAAGUCUAUAUCAUUUACCUGAUAUAAAUAAACUGAACGAGUGCUUGGU